GAUUUAUAGAAAUAAAGUCCUUAAGUCUGAUAAGUUCCUUCACUGAGAAAACAAACCCACAAGUAAGUGAUGGAAUAAACAACACUUUCCUUUGAAUGGAUCGUACUACAUGUGAACUGUCUGUUACUUUCUGCAAGAAAAGCCUUUCCCUUUCAUUUGAUAAAUAUCAACUUGAUAGCAAAAAGCUUCUUAAUGGCUCACGCUCACAACAGACCAUUCAUUGAAUGGGAUCAGCACUUCUACUACUAAAAUAUCUGAAGUUAAGUACUUGGAAAAGAGGUUUUUGCAGAGAUGACCCAUUUACAAGCUGGACUUAGUCCAGAGACUAUAGAGAAAGCCCGCCUGGAACUGAAUGAAAAUCCAGACAUUUUGCAUCAGGAUAUCCAACAAGUCAGGGACAUGAUCAUCACAAGGCCUGACAUUGGAUUUUUACGUACAGAUGAUGCCUUCAUCUUGAGAUUUCUUCGAGCCAGAAAGUUUCACCAAACUGAGGCCUUCAGACUGCUGGCUCAGUACUUCCAGUACCGCCAAUUAAAUCUGGAUAUGUUCAAAAACUUCAAGGCUGAUGAUCCAGGAAUCAAACGGGCUCUGACAGAUGGGUUUCCAGGAGUACUGGAAAAUCGCGACCACUGUGGCAGGAAGAUUCUUCUACUUUUUGCAGCCAACUGGGAUCAGAGUAGGAACUCCUUCAUAGAUAUACUUCGGGCUAUCCUACUCUCCUUGGAAGUGCUCAUCGAAGAUCAGGAGCUUCAGAUAAAUGGCUUCAUUCUAAUUAUAGAUUGGAGUAACUUCUCCUUCAAACAAGCCUCCAAGCUUACGCCAUCUAUCCUCAAACUGGCCAUUGAAGGGUUACAGGACAGCUUUCCUGCCCGCUUUGGAGGAGUCCAUUUUGUCAACCAGCCCUGGUACAUCCAUGCCCUAUACACGCUAAUCAAACCGUUCCUCAAAGACAAGACAAGGAAAAGGAUUUUUCUUCACGGUAACAACCUGAACAGCCUUCACCAGCUAAUACACCCUGAAUGCCUGCCCUCUGAAUUUGGGGGGACUCUUCCUCCGUACGACAUGGGGACGUGGGCUCGAACGUUACUCGGUCCUGACUACAGCGAUGAAAAUGAGUACACCCACACGUCCUACAACGCCAUGCACGUGAAGCACGCAUCCUCCAACUUGGAGCGGGAGGCCUCGCCCAAACCCAUGAAAAGGUCCCAGUCUGUGGUGGAAGCCGGCACACUGAAACACGAAGACCAAGGGGAAAGCGACAACACCCAGCCGCUGCUGGCUCUGGACUGAGCUCCCACGUGCUCAACACACAGAGAUACAUUAACUGGCAUCCACCAUACCAGAAACACACAGAGCACACCACACACACACACACACACACACACACACACACACGUGUUUUGCUUGAGAACAAGUCCUUCAUGUUUCUUGACCAAGUAACAACUGUCACCCACCAUCUGUCCAUGUGGCCAACAAUGAACAAAACCAAACACUUCUAUUGACACAGGAGUCUGUCCAUACAUAAAGAAUUUACUUUUUUUUUUUUUUUUUCUUUUUUUGACUUAUGACAUUAAAAUAUUGCAAGUGAUGGGACUGCAUUAUCUUUUUAAAGAAAGCGGGGUGUGUCAGUAGUUUUCCUGAAGACUCCAUCAGGGAUGCUCAGUUUUAUAGAAGCAAAGGUUAAGUGUGUUUUAAAGAAAAGCAUCUCAGAUUUAAAUUUUGCACUGUAAUCAGCAGUUUAAUCUGUCUCAGAGAGCAGAAACAGCAGCAUCUACAUAGUGCCCAAGUUUUACAGAAGAAUUUUGCAUUUAAAAAAAAGAAAAAAAGUCAGUGCCGGCAUGCCAUUCAACAUGACACUUUGUGACUGCCUCAUCCAUGCUGUUUAUAGGAGGUCACAUUUCAGCAUCUAGCAAAAAUUAUUCUUAACUUUUGAAGCCCUUAUAAAACUGUGAGCUAAGUGGAAUGAGCUGUGUGGGCAGUAGACGCACACAAUUUGAAAUGCAAUUAUUUAAUUUUAACAAUGUGUUUUUCCACAGGCAACUCGGGAACCUAUUUAGAUACGUGCGUGUGCAUGUGUGUGUGUGUGUGUGUGUGAAGGGGGGGUGAUAGGGAGACCCAUUGGAUACAUUCACCAGUGAUUAAUGGUUCAAUCCAGAUUGUUUCAUUUAGGUCACAACAGCAAAUGAAAGCUCUGCAGAGCCAUUUUCCCUCUUCCCUCCCGCAAUCAGUGAAAGGUGUAGCCAGAAGGGUAUGCUGAUUGCAGAUGUGGACCAUGGUUAAAAUGAAAAAGGAAAACUUAGAAUUAAUUAUUCAGUACAAGCUUCUGUUAGAAGGAAAUGUGGAAGAAUAGAACUGAAAUGCCAAAGAUCAGUUUGUUAUUUCUCUGCUCUAGCUGCAAAAAGAGUCCCAUCCCUUCAUUGAAAUGGAAAUCAGAUUAAAGAAAUAAAAGAAAAAUUGUUAUCAACUUGCAUGUGCAGUGACUUUAUUUCCUAAAAUGGUUACAACCACUGUACACACCUUUAGUCUUCAAUUAAAUUGCCAUACAUUGACAAUUUACUAGAACAAGCAGUUGGCAACAACACAUCAAAAGUAGUAGUGUAAACCAUAUAUAUAAAAUGAGAUGAUAAUGGGCACAAGAGUUUUUAAUGUGCCUCUGGAACAUCCACUGAAUACACAAGCAAUACACUGAAGUGAUGAUAUAGUUCAACUGGUCAGCCCUAACAGAUGGACUAACAAAAUACUGCCUUUAUCUACAACAACAUUUUAUGCCCGCACAGGGCAGAAAGGACAUUCUGCCAGAUCCUAUCAACACACCUGGGAUUUAACCACUAGUAUUUGUACAGAAUAGCCUCAUUCACACUAACCACCUUCUGCAGCAGCAUGUCAUUGAUACAAAGCCUGGUCUCCAUGAUAGAGAGCAAGUCUUUAAGGCAGUGGAUGGCCCCAGCAAGGCAACACGGGAGUUAGAAGAAGCAGCACAAGUUUGCAGUAACAUUAAACAAGCAAGACAACUGAGCCAUUUAUCUCUGGGAUUUCUUCCAUUCCCCCUCCCCUGGCAUUACCACCUAUUACAGAAAACUAGGAUGUCAACUCCUGGUAACAGGACAAAGGUCCCUUCCUUUCUCAGGGCUCAUGAAGACUCACAGGCAUCUGAAUUUGUCACAGAGAACUUGCUUAAAGCAGAAAAUAAAAAACCAAACAGACAAAAAAGGACAGACAUUGGCCAUUAUACUGCAGCAUUAAUGAAUAAAUACUUUGGCUUACAAUUUUUCUCUGUUAAUACUCUUACCUCCACUGCCAUUGAAUCUUUGAGACACCUGUUACAAUCACUGUUCAUUCAAGUGGGACUUGUUCUGCCCAAGAAGUGCAAAUAUCACUGAAAUCCAGUCCUCGAGGAUUAAUCCUUGGAAAGGAUUAGAAUUUUUUUUUUUUAAUCUGUGACAUGAAUAAAUACAUAUGAUGCCUUGUAUAUAACCAUAUGAUGCUUGUAUUUAACUGUAGGAUCUUAUACAGACUGUGCUUGCAAGCAAGGCAACUAUAGCCAGGGAGAAAUCCACCUCCUAACAGCAUGAUGAGUACAUACUGCCUUACAAACAGGAGACUAUAUUGCCCUUUUCUGUCAUUGCCCUCCGUAAAUUUACAGAAAAAAAAUAUUUAAAUUGCAAUGUCUCUCCAUUUAAAAAACAUUUCCAUUCACUUCUUUCAUUGGCAUUUUCAAUGCUGAAAAGCUUUUUCAAGGUGAAAUGCCAGUUGGCAAACAGGAAUACCUAAAAUAAUAUACCACUUAUUCACUACAAAAUUUCUGUAGUUUACUAUAUACAUAUCUAUCUCCUCCAUAUGUAACUAAUCCGCUAACUGUACCUAAGAAAAAGAUGCUCUCAGUUCCUUGACAUGUAGGCAUAGAGUAGAUUUACUUCAGUAUUGCAGGAGCUAUUCAUAAUACACCUUGCCAUAUUCAAGGCACUUAAGAUUUUAAAUUGCCAAUAUAUCACUACACAAUUUAAUAAACAGUGCUACUCCAGCACACACACAUCUUGGGUAGAUUACUUUUAUCUAUUUGCCAAUUUUAUCUAUUUGCCAAUUGCAAAUGGACAAGAUAAAGUAUGAGCCUUCAAAUGAACAAUGAAACAUUCUGAAGGAUGGCAUGGAUUUUCAUAAACAAAGCUCCAAAGCUUUUACUCCUCCUUUAGUAUUUACUCUGAGCUAUAGAAAUGAAAAUGCAACAUUAAUAAAAAUAUUUCUAAACCACAAAUUUUGGUUUAAACAGUUCUUGAUUUCUUCUUUACAAACUAUGUCUUUAUUUUAGAGAAUUACAAAAUAGUUUAUAAUUUCUACUGAUAAUCACUUUAUAAAGAUACAAAAUACAGCCUCUAACUAAACAACUACCGGGAUAUUUAAUUUUAUUUUUUUUUACUAUCUUACCCCCCACAAUAACGAGUACCUUAUUUCGACUUUUGCACCAUGAUUCUCCUAAAGCUCCCCAAAAGCACUUUUAUAUUUUCUUAAGCAUGAAACUUAUAAAUCUUUUCAGUUUUCAUGAUGAUGAAAUGAGAACUGUUGCUUUCUUGUAUAUUAUGUAUAGUCUUAGUGCUGUUUUUGAUAUGGACAACACAUUAAAGCCUAAUUAUCAUAGCUGUCUAAAACUGAUUCUCAAUUAGGGAGGGUUUAUCAGUUUAAUAGUCAAAAAGGAAAUUAAAGUGCACACCUCCAGAAACUGGUUAUACUAAUUUAUGGUGCAAUCACCACGUAUUACACGGCAUUACAAGAUUUAGUUACCUAGUAAAAUACAAACUCUGAAAAGCAUUCAGUUUAUGGGAAGGCACAGCUCUUAUCUGUAUUUUGCUUCAGCAAAUGUGGCAUUCUGGUCACAAUACUUAGGUACCAUGAUGUAGUCUCUGCAGUAAAAAAACCACUGAGCAUUAAACAAAUAAGAUGACUGUUCACUGUCUUUUGGACAACAAAGCCAAAACUGUGGAGACUCAGUAACUUCAGUGUCUCCUUGCUUAGUGUUUGUCUCUCACAACCCUCGGUAAUGAUGCCACUGCUCUUGACAAGCCCUCAGCACCCUAGCACACCUAUCUACACCCUGAUGGUUUUGCCAGCUAUAAACAUCUACAGUGCAACCUCAGGUCACUCUUUCCUGUUAGUGUUCUUAGAAGUUAACAAGGGAAGGUUCUGCACCCUCCAUUUCCCAUCAAACUGUACGGACCCAAAAGACCAGCCAACUGCUUAAACAUCCAAUCAGUUUUCUUUCUUGAAAAUAGGCCUUUUUCCACAUAGUAAAUUCUGUAUGGCAAAUUCAAAGCAUGCUGUAAAUGGUACUGGGAUAAGACUAAUUCAGCAUUAUGCCAUACAUUUCAAGACAAGGAAAACACUUUUAGGUCAAUUAAAGGAUCAUUCUAGCACUCUGUAGGAUGCUGGCAGCAGAAGUUAAUACAAGUUAAUAACCUGAAGCUCUUUGUCUCCUCUGCAUUCUGGCAGGAAACCAAGUUAGACUUUGUCCUUCUGCCCAAAGCACAAGAAAUUCUUCACAUAUUUUUUUCUCCGCUGAAUGACCACCCAAGGGUAACAUAGGAGCAGCCCCUAGAAGGGGGUGCCCCAGACCCCUGCUAGGUAGAAAAUGGAUAUCACAACACAAACUUUUGUAAUGAUAUGAGAAACAGCAGUUCACCACAAAAGCCUAAAAACUGUCAAGCACUUUACGAUCUGAGACCACAGAUGUCACAUUUGCUCAACAUCUUCCAAAAUCACAUUAUCAAACUGAAGGUUGCCUGCUAAGAGAACUAUUUUGUUUUAGAAGAACAAUGCUUCACUAAGCAGCUGAUUAUGCAAGUUUCUGUUUGCCUUUGCAGGAAGGCAAGAGAAGGCCACACUUGGCAAAAAUGAAAUCUGUUUAUAUAUAACAGUAUUUUCCUUCUGCUGAUCGCUAGAGAUGCACUUUUAUAUAUAGGAUUUUUUUU